AUGGAUCCCUCCAAGGUCAAGAUCCCCCCAAUGAAGAACCUCACGGUUGAAAACAUUACCGAGAAUGUCAUCACAAUCAACUCCCUUUGCGAAGAUCAACGCAUGAAGUACGUCCUCGAGCGCCUUGUAACACACCUCCACGACUUCGCUCGUGAAACACGCCUCAGCACCGACGAAUGGAUGACUGGUCUCCGCUUCCUGACCGAAGUAGGCCAAAUCUGUACCGAAGUCCGUCAAGAGUUCAUUCUUCUAUCAGAUGUUCUCGGUCUCUCCAUCCUUGUCGACUCAAUUGAUCACCCCAAGCCCGUCGGUUCCACCGAGGGUACCGUCCUCGGUCCCUUCCACACCCAUGACGCCGAAGAGAUGCCAGCCGGUGACUCUAUGUCGCAUGACCCCAAGGGUGAACCCUUGCUCGUUGUUUGUACACUGAAGGACAUGCAGGGCCGCCCGGUUGACAAUGUCAAGAUUGAUAUCUGGGAGACCGAUAGCACGGGCCAUUAUGAUGUGCAGUAUGCGGGUCGGGACGAGCCUGAUGGACGCUGUAUUAUGCGCUCUGAUAAAAGUGGCGUUUUCUGGUUCAAGGCCAUUACACCUGUACCAUAUCCUAUUCCUCACGAUGGUCCCGUUGGACGAUUGUUGACCAAGUUGCACCGUCACCCGUACCGCCCUUCACACAUGCACUUCAUGUUCCAGAAGGAAGGUUACGAUCACUUGAUCACUGCUCUAUACCUCCGCAACGAUCCCUACGAGACUUCGGAUGCUGUCUUCGGUGUCAAGGAUUCCUUGACCGUUGAUAUUGGCAAGGCCGGCCCGGAGAUUGCGAAGAAAUAUAACGUUCCAGAGGGCCACGCCCUGCUCACUUACGACUUUGUGCUAGUGUCUGACUCCGAGACAGCUGACCUGCGUGCAAAGAACUCCAUGAUUGCGCUUGAUAAGCUUGGUCGCAAGGUCAAGAUUGUCAACGGACUGCCCAUCCCAGACCUGGACUAG